AUGCCGCGUGAAGGAUCCACGGGCGCAUCAGCGCCUAGUACAGCCUCAAAGGGGUCUUUUGAUGCUGAACUCGAUGCCAUGUUUUCAGCACCGCCCCCUGCCCAGAAGCCCCUCCUCCAUGAGCACGACGAUCAUGCCGAACAUGGUGAGGAAGACCAUGUGGACGAGGACGACGACGACGACGACGAAGAGGGAGAAGACGAAUCCAUCGAUGACGACAAACAAGAAAAAAGUGAAACAUUGAAUCAAGAUGCAAACGACGAGGACAAUGCAUCGUCUCAGGAAGACGGUGAUUGGGACGAAGAAAAGACAGCAGAGAUGGUGUUGAGUGGCGCAUUGGACAAGAAGCGCAAAAAGAAGCCCACACUCGAAGACGAAAAUGACACAGAAGAAGCACGGAACAAGCGCACUAUAUUCUUGGGUAACGUGCCCAUAUCUGCUAUGACGAGUCGUGCUGUCCGCAAAGAGCUGCAACGACACAUUGUGCGUGUUUCGCCCUACCCAUCGUGCACAGAAGUUGUAUCACUCCGUUUUCGAAGCGUUUCUUUCCGUGUCCCGACGUCUGACAUGUCUGGCGUGUCCCCUGGCUCGGCUGUGGGAGAUAAGCGGCGUGAACGAGCACGUAAAUUCCGUGAGCUGAAAGGCAUCUCUGAAAAAGAGGCACCCCCACCCCUUACAUCAGAGCAGAAACGCAAAAUCGCGUAUAUUAAUCUGGACCUGAAUGAGCGCGCAGAUAGCGUGAAUGCAUAUGUGCGCUUGGGAGAUCCCUCUCUGGUACAUAAACACAAGCAAGCAUCGAAUGCACUGGAGGAGAAACUCACUGGUCCCAUCCUGACGACGCUUCUUGCUCGUGCGCUGGAUAAUACCCUAUUUCAUGAACGACACUUGCGGGCGGAUGUGGUACAAUCCUUGGACAUGCACGAGAUCGUCGACGCUGAACUUGACAAGGUGAUGCUCCCUGACGGCACUCCCCUGAGUCACCGGAGCGCUAGUACGAUUGAUCCCAAACGCACGAUUUUCGUGGGAAAUCUGGACUUUGAGGCACAUGAAGAGGAAGUGCGUGGACUGUUCGAAAAGCUCAUGUGCGAGGAACGUGGACCACCGCCCGAAGUCACUUCUCAUGCUGUUCGACUUGAUGGCACUCCCGUUCACACGGAGCCAUUGCCUGGUGAAUGGGUUCAGAGUGUGCGUAUUGUGCGCGAUAAAGCAACGCAGCUUGGAAAGGGCUUUGCGUACGUAAAGUUCGUUGAUCCGCUGUGCGUGGAUGAAAUGGUGGCUUUAGCUGAAGCUGAGGAAGCUUUUGUGGCUGCUGGACGGCCUCAGAUCUCGCGACAAGGGGAAGUCCAAAGUGCUAAAAAAAUCAACCUCCAAGAAGGCCAAGAGUUCCGUCGACGCAUCAAGCUCCAUAAGCGAGCGUUGCGUGUGUCGCGAUGCAAGGCCACGACCGGUGAUGAGCGCAAGCGGCGGCGGCCCGUGUCGGACGCACCGAAGACACCCAACAAGCGGUCCAUACCGGAAAGCCUGGCUCGCUCCCGAUCGAGCGGAGCUCCUACUCCGAAUGGCUCGUCUCCCACGCUGGCGCGGCCCGGUAGAGCCAAAGCAGCGUACUUGGCCACAUUGUCCAAGGAGCAACGCGAUCUGGCCAAGAAAUCAGAUCCCGAGCGCCAGGCUCGACGUCUGCAAAAGAAGCAUGAAAAGAAGCAAGCGCACAAACUGACGUCGAAGGUGGGCCAAGGUCGUGAACGCGUAAAGCUUCCACAGCGUGGCGCGGCCAAAAAAAUGACGAGGGCUAAAGGCAAAGCAGCGUGA